AUGCGAUCCUCCUACUUCCGUUUCUCAUCUCUUUGCAGAAGAAAAAGACCCCCUCUUUCCUCAUCCUCUUCCUUCCGCCGUCGUCUCUCCAUCUCCCGGGUUUCUGUCUCUUCUUCAUCCUUUACGGCCGAGGCGGGCGCGGAGGACGAACCAUCGGAAGGCGUCGUCGCUCUACCGCCGCCGCCUCCGCCUCACAUUCUAAUGGCGGAGGAGAUGUUCGAACCGCCGGCCAGGUCCGGCCGCUACACGCAGGGCGACGCCACCUUCUGCAACCUGGCCCGCUCCUUCGCCGAGAACGGCGACUUCGACUCCCUCGAGAAGCUCCUCCACACCAUGAGCCGACAGGGCCGCAGUCUCCCGGAGAGCCUCUUCAUUACAGCCUUCCGUGCCUGCGCUCGCCUCCGCCUUCCCCAUUGUGCCCUCUACCUGUUCGAUCGAAUGACUGGCGACUUCCGCUGCUCCCCCACCAUUCGCUCCUUCAACUCUGCACUCAACGCUGUCGUCUCCUCCGGCCUCUUCGAGGAGGCCGUCGCCUUCCACGCCCGUGUGGCCGCUGGUGGGGGGCUUACCCCCAAUCUUCUCACAUACAAUCUUCUGCUCAAGUGCCUCUGCAGAUCCGGAGACCUCGACCAGGCGGUGGAGAUCUUCCGGGACCUUCCCCGCCGCGGCUACAGCGCGGACGCUUUCACCUACUCCACCCUGAUGGACGGGCUCUGCAGAGAGGGCCGGGUAGAGGAGGCCAUGAGCCUGCUCGACGAAAUGCACGUAGAGGGGUGCCCUCCCACGGCAGUGACCUUCAACACACUCCUCCGCGCCCUCUGCCAUCGCGGCGAUCUCCGGCGAGCCGCCAACCUCACGCGGAAUAUGGCCCUCAAGGGCUGCCUCCCCACGGAGGCCACCUACAACACGUUAAUCCAUGGUCUUUGCCUGAAGGGGAAGCUGGACUCCGCCAUCGAGCUGCUGGAGAGGAUGGUGAAGAGCGGGAGAAGCCCAAAUGAGAUCACCUACGGGACCAUUCUAGACGGGCUGGUCAAGUGCGGGCGGACAUCUGAUGCGGAGAGACUAGUGGGAGCCAUGGCGGACGAAGGUUUCUUCCCGAAUGAAUUCAUCUACUCGUCCCUCCUCUGCGGCAUGUUCAACUCCGAGAGGCCGGAGGAAGCCCUGAGGCUUUGGGCGGCCAUGAAGUCAAAGGGGCUGAAGCCCAACACCGUCCUCUACACAUGCCUCCUCCAUGGGCUCUGCAGAGGAGGCAACGUUGAGGAGGCGGAGACAGCUCUCACAACGAUGGCGGCAGACGGCUGCAAGCCCAACGUCUACACCUACAGUGUUCUGAUGGAGGGCUACUUCAAGGCGGGGAGGAGCGAGAAAGCAGUGGGGAUAUGGAGGGAGAUGGUCAGCGCCGGCUGCCGGCCCAACCAGGUGAGCUACAGCGUGCUGAUCCACGGCCUGUGCGAGGCGCGGCUGGUGAGGGAGGGGAUGAUGGCGUGGAAGCGCAUGGUGAGCGAAGGCUGCACCCCCGACGUGGUCACCUAUGGAGCCAUGAUAAGGGGGCUCUGCGAGAGCGGGCGGCUGGACGCCGGCAUGCGGCUGUUCAGCGGCAUGGUGGCCAGUGGCGGGCCUGAGCCGGACGCCGUCAUCUACAACAUCCUUCUCGGUGGGCUCUGCAAGAGCGGGGAGCUCACCCGCGCGGUGGCGCUGCUGGGGCAGAUGCUGGACAGGGGCUGCGACCCCGAUUUGGUCACCUGCAACAUCUUCCUGGGGAGCCUCAGGGAUAGCGGAGGGGAGAAAGUGCUGGAGUUUCUGGAAGGUUUGGCGGCGAGGAUGUUCAGAAGGGAAAGAGCGGCAGGAGCAGCGGUGAUCGUGGAAGCUAUGCUCAGGAAGCAUCUCGGUCCGGGGGCCUCCACCUGGGAGAAAGUGGUCAGGGGGUUGGCCAAGCGGAGGAAGGUGAUGGUCGCAAUUGACCGUUGCUGGGAGGUGCUCUUCGGGGUACCUGGUUGA